AUGUACCAGACGCUUAAGAAGAGAGGAAAGAAGUCCACAGCGUCUGCAACCACUGCAGAUGCUGACUUUCCAAAAAUUGUCACGGAUGAAAAACUGGUUGAACUACUGGUCUCGAAGGAUCCAGAGCUGCACUACUGGAUUGCUUUAAGCGUGGUCACUGCUUUUGCUGCAUUCUUGAGAUUCCGUAUACUUGGGUUUCCUGAUAAGGUUGUCUUCGAUGAGGUUCACUUUGGUAAGUUCGCUUCUUAUUAUUUAGAGAGAACUUAUUUCUUUGACUUGCACCCACCUUUUGCGAAAUUGAUUAUUGCUUUGGCAGGAUGGCUUGUAGGAUAUGAUGGCAGUUUCAAAUUUGAGAACAUUGGAGAUAACUACAUUGCCAACAACGUUCCUUAUGUUGCAUACCGUGCAUUUCUGGCUAUCCAAGGGACUUUGGUUGUGCCUGUGAUGUUUUUGACGAUGAAAACCCUCAACUUUUCUGUCAUUGCAUGUAUUUUAUCAUCAUCCCUCGUUGCUUUUGACAACGCUCAUGUGGUCGACUCCAGGUUGAUUCUUUUGGACGCAACAUUGAUUUUGAGUGUCGCCGUGACAAUUUUCUCAUACUCUAAAUUCAGUGUUUACCGGCGCCAGCCUUUCACCCAGUGGUGGUGGAUUUGGUUGCUCCUGACGGGUGUUGCAUUAUCUUGUGUGAUUUCCACAAAAUAUGUCGGUGUGUUUACAUUCUUUACCAUUGGUAUUGCUGUGGUUCACGAGUUGUGGAUAUUGUUGGACAUCAGAAAAGGCCUCACUAUCGAGGAUUUUUCGAAGCAUUUUGUUGCUCGUUUAUUUUCUUUGAUCAUUGUACCAUUCUGCAUUUACUUGUUCUGGUUCUAUUUGCACUUCCAGAUUCUUUCUAAAUCCGGACCGGGCGACGCGUUCAUGACCUCUGACUUUCAAGAGACUUUGGAAGAGUCGGCUUUGGUAAAAACAUCAAAAACCGUGAACUAUUUCGACAUCCUUACCAUUAAGCACAAAGAUACCGAAGCAUUCUUGCACUCGCAUGACUUGGUUUAUCCCUUGCGGUAUGAAAAUGGCAGAGUCUCUUCCAAUUUGCAACAAGUGACGUGUAUCUACAACCAAGACGGAAACGAACUUGAGGACCAAAAUUCACAGUGGGAGAUCUUGCCAUCUAACAGCGCCAAGAAGGGUGAAGCCGUUUUUACCAACGAUGCAAUUCGGUUGAGGCACGUCGGGACCGGAGGCUACUUAUUGACUCACGAUGUGGCGUCUCCAUUGAAGGGCACCAACGAAGAGUUUGUUGUUGUGAAUGACGAGAUUGCUGAAGCUAGAUAUAACGAAACUCUUUUCCGUUUGCGUUUGUCUGAAGGAGGCAACAGCGACAAACUGCCAAAACGCAAGAUCCUCAAGACCAAAGCUUCUCCGCUCAAGAUCAUUCACAUCGACACAGUGGUUGCUAUGUGGACUCACAAUGACGAGUUAUUACCGGAGUGGGCUUUAGGACAACAGGAAGUCAGCGGAAACAAGAAAGUGCCCGACUCGGACAAUAUAUGGGUGGUUGAUGAAAUUGUGGGCAUGCCUGAAAGCGAUGCCAGAAAUCACCAUAUCCCAAAGACCAUUGUUCCCAUGCCUUUCUUGAAGAAAUGGUGGGAGUUGCAGGGUUUGAUGUUCUUCCACAACAAUCAAUUGUCAUCUGAACAUCCAUUUGCCUCCAGUCCCGACGCAUGGCCACUUGCUUACUCGGGUGUGUCAUUCUGGAAUGACAAUGAGGAAAGAAAACAAAUUUUCUUUAUCGGUAAUGUCAUUGGCUUCUGGGCUCAAGUCGGAUUCCUCGCGGUGUACGUGGGAUUUGUCGCUGCUGACUUGGUAACAAGCCGCAGAAAUUACCACAUCUUGAGUGCAAAGUCCAGAUCUACGAUGUACAACACCUUGGGCUUUCUCUUCAUUGGAUGGGCAGCACACUACCUUCCUUUCUUUUUGAUGAACAGACAGAAAUUCUUACAUCACUACUUGCCUGCGCAUUUGAUUGCAGCUUUGUUCACCGGCGGAUUUGCCGAGUUCCUCUGUACGAAUAGAUCCAAUUCGAUUCAAAGAGGCUUAGCUCCGUCGGCAAUCAACAAACCAAAGUUUGCUGCCAUGACGGUGGUCAUUGUUUUGGGAACUAUGUGGUUUUUCUGGUACACGCGGUUCCUCGUAUAUGGCAACUUCACCUUGCCACCAGCAGAGAUCAAGGAGAGACAGUGGUUGGAUAUCUCCUUGCAUUACGUCAAGUAA